AUGGCCCCCCGCGCAGGGCGCGUAGCCUGGGAGGACCAUGCUUUGAGCACCGCCAGCUGGAGCCGGGGUGACUGGAGGCAGAGACAUGAGCCGGAUUGGGAGCCGGACUGCCUGGAGGACAGACCCCAGACUCAGCACGUGCACCCCGGGCCCCCCCUGCGGGGUGGUGAGCUCGGCGGUCACGCUCGCAGGGACCUGGGUCGCCGUUUUCCUGGGCUUCAUCUGGGGGCGGCCCCCCUCCUGUUGUCCCUGAAGGCGAACCCCAAGGUACUUGGAGAGCUGGCGGCCAACAACCCCUCGUCAGGGGCCUCACCCCCAUGCCAGCUGAGCACCGUCUGCCCUGAGGACCUGGAGCUCCUCCUGGCGGGGGCGCUGUCCAGCACCGAGCCCUCGAGUCUGGAGGAGGUGGCUGAGAGGUGCGAGUCCAGCGGCCUAGCGUCCACGGCCUCCGUCCCGGAGCAGCUCGCACCCAAGCACCCGCAGCAGCUGGAGCAGCAGGUGGUGGACCUGCAGGCCGAGGUGGCGUCCUUGUGGGGACACAAGGCCCACUGUGAGCGAGCGACGCUGCGCCUGCUGCAGGAGCUGUUGCAGGUGCGAGCCCGCCUGCAGCUGCAGGACGCAGAGUUGGAGAGGCUGUGGCAUGAGGUGCAGCAGGUGGCUCAGGCCCCCGAGAAGGAAGCCCUCCAGGUGGGGCACCGUCCCCCGGUGUCAGGGCAGCUUUUCCUGGACCCUGAGCCCCGCGCAGCCCCUGCCGCCCAAGCCGAGAGCCUUGGCCGUCCCUGGGGCCCGGCUCCAUGUGCGCAGGUCGAGCUGGGAGGGCCUCCGCCAGCCUGUCCACAGCCCACAUCCUCCGCCUUGCAGUUCCCCAGCCCGCAGCACCACAACCAGAUGCAGGCCCUGGACAGGAGGCUGGUGGAGGUCCGGGAGGCCCUGACCCACAUCAGGAGGAAGCAGGCGCUCCAGGACUCUGAGCGGAAGGCUGCUGAGCAGGAGGCCGGCCUCAGGUUGGCCGAGCUGACUGAGAAACUGAAGCAGGAGGCACGGGAAUGGGAGGUGGCCUGCGGGGCCUUGCAGAAGAGCCAGGAGGCGGCUGGCCAGAGGGUGGACCUUGAGGUGGCCAGGAUGCAGGCGCAGAUGACCAAGCUUGGCGAGGAGAUGAGCCUCCGCUUCCUCAAGAGGGAGGCCAAGCUGUGCGGCUUCCUGCAGAAGAGCUUCCUGGCCCUGGAGAAGAGAAUGAAGGCCUCAGACAGCGCACGGCUGCGGGCAGAGAGCGGCCUGCGGCAGGAGCUGGAGAGCAGGUGGCAGCAGUUCCGCGAGCGGGACGAGGAACACAUGCAGGCCCUGCGGGGACAUUGCCAGCAGGAAGAAUGCCACCUCCUGGAGCAGUGCCGGGGCCUGGACAAGGCUGUGGUCCAGCUGACCGAGUUCGUGCAGCAGAACCAGGCGUCACUGAACCGAGUCCUGCUGGCCGAGCAGAAGGCCUGGGCUGCCAAGGGACACCUGGAGGACAGCCGGGCUGGGGAGCUGGCCGCCUACCUGCGGGAGAACCUGGCGGCCACCCAGAUGGCCGGUGAGCUGGCCCAGCGAGAGAUACGCAGCGCCCUGGAGCUGGUGAGGCGGCGGCCGCGGUCAGAUCUCCUUGCGGGCCCCCUGCCCCGAUGCAGGCAGCACACUCAGCCCGGCCCCCUGCAGCUCCAGGAGAAGAGCCAGGCUCUGGAGGUGUCCGUGACUGAGCUGGUCAGGCAGGUGAAGGACAUGAGUGACCACUUCCUGGCCCUGAGCUGGAGGCUGGACCUGCAGGAGCAGACACUGAGCCUCAGGCUGCGGGAGGCACACAGUGAGUGGGAAGCCGCAGAGCAGAGAUCGCGGGCAGACCUGGCGCAGUGGCGAGAGGAGGCCGAGGCACACCUGCAGGAGGUGCAGGAGAAAGUGGACAGCCUGCCGCGGCAGAUAGAGGCCCUUUACGACAAGUGCAUCCUUCACAAGAGCGACUCAGACCUCAAGAUCUCUGCUGAGGCCAAAGCCAGAGAGUUCGAGGUCGAGGCCGUGCGGCAGGAGCUGGCCGGUUUGCUGUCCUCCGUGCAGCUGCUCAGGGGGGGCAACCCAGGGCGGAAGAUCGCCGAGAUCCAGGGCAAGCUGGCCACGUUUCAGAAUCAAAUGAUGAAAUUGGAAAACAGCAUCCAGGACAACAAGACUAUCCAGAACCUCAAGUUUAACACCGAAACCAAGCUGCGCACGGAGGAGGUGGCCGCCCUGCGGGAGAGCAUGAUGCGCCUGUGGAGCGAGGGCGGCCCCUGGGCCCUGACGCUGGGCAGCAGGCGGGUGCUUAUGUCCCUGGUGAGGCAGCAGUUCUUCAUCAAGGACGUGGCCCCCAGCGAGGGGCUGCCGCUGAACCGCUGGGGUGUGUACCAGGCUGUGAGGUGGCUGCGGUGGAAGGCGAUGCUCAUGAACCUGGUGGCCCGGCGGAGGUCAAAGGCGGUUGGGGAGAAGCCCACCGGCCGGAAGCCCACCCAGCCGCUCUCCUCCCUGGCCCCCUCCCGGAAAUAAACAGCCGCCCCGUGCCUGUCAGAGUCCAGAGUCCCCCCAUCCGGGGGCCAGCAGGCCUUGGGCUGCGAUGUGCCAAGAGGACCCUUCCCCGGACUCCCUGAAACCCUGCUCCUACCCCAGGUCCGCCGCACC